UUUUCCCUUCUCUUCAUCAUAAACUUCCUUUCUCACACUGAUCCAAAGUAGUCAAAAAUUAGCUCUAAAAACCCUAAAACAAGAACAAGUUGAAACCUCUUCUUUUUCUUCAUAGAAAUGAAGAAAAAGGCCACUCCCUCUUACUUACUCUCCUUCUUCUUCAUCAUAUCCCUCCUCCUCAUCUCAACCCUCCCUUCCCUCACGCGGGCCCGACCCGGCUCUUCGUCACCCGGAUCCUCCAAGGCCAAGAAGCCCAGCAAGGGUAGCGGGACCGGAGGGGGGACUGACAACAAUAACGGUGGGUUCUUCGGUCCGGGAGACGGGAUCGGCAUCCCGGGGUUCGGGAGCGGUUGGGCUGGCGGAUACGGAGGUGGUUACGGUGGCCCAGGCGGCGGUUACUCCAAGGGCGGGAUCGUGAGGCCGACGGUGGUGUGCAAGGAGAAGGGCCCGUGCUACAAGAAGAAGCUGACCUGCCCCGCUAAGUGCUUCACUUCAUACAGCCGUUCCGGCAAGGGCUACGGCGGAGGCGGGGGCGGGGGUGGUUGCACCAUGGACUGCAAGAACAAGUGUAUUGCUUAUUGUUAAAAGGAUAUAUAGUUAUAGGUAGGGCUCUAUAUUAUAUAUAUCCAUCUAUAGCUAUAUAACCACUCUUUCCACUACUAAAGUAUGAUGUUGUACUAUGUUUAAUGCGGCUUUUCCGAAAGCUGCUUUGGAUGGAAAGGGCUAUUGUUUGACUGUUUUUCGUGGUUGCUUUUUCUAAUUACUUAAUCCUCUUCGGAGCUAUACAUAUUCAGUGAUAUAUAUAUAUAUAUAUAUAUAUAUCUAUAUUGAAUAAGAGGAGCCCUGCUAGUAUUUCCGGCGGAUCUGCCUUUGGCUUUGUUUAGUCGGUAUAUUUGAUGUGAACUACGUACACAAAUUGGCA